CCGAUGCGUCUUCAAGCUUUGACCACCCUCACUACUGCUGCUUUCGCUGCUGCAGCACCAUUCAAGGCUCGCCAAGAAGAACCAAAGGUACCAAACGUUACCGUUAUCGCUACUGGUGGUACUAUUGCUGGUGUCGGCUCAACUUUCGACACCACAGGUUACAAAGCUGGUGUUAGACCAAUUGUAGACAUACUCGGCGAUAUUCCAGAUAUCGAGACACGCGCCAAUGUAUCUACAAUCCAAUACAGCAACUUGGCUUCAGAAGCAAUCGUUUCUACUGACAUGGUUGCUAUUGCUAAGCUCGUAAAUAACCUUCUUUGCGCACCAGACGCAGAUCAAGAUGGUGUUGUUAUUACUCAAGGUACAGACACCACUGAGGAAACCGCAUUCCUCCUCGAUUCUCUCAUCAACUGCAACAAGCCAGUCGUUGUUACUGCUAGUAUGCGUCCAGGUACUGCUGUUAGCCCAGACGGCCCAGGUAACCUCCUCGACGCCAUCACACUCGCUGGUUCCGAAACCGCAAAGGACAGAGGCGCUAUGGUUGUUUUGAAUGACAAGAUUCAAUCGGCCUUCUACACUAGCAAGAUGCAAGCAAACAACAUGAACGCUUUCUCAGAAGAGAACGCAGAAAUCGGUGGUUUCCUUAACUAUGAGCCAUACUUCUAUUACACCGCUUCACAGCCAUUCUUUAAGAAAACUUUCAACCUUGAUGAAACACUCAAGAAGAACGAUACUGCUCUUCCAAAGGUCGAUGUCAUCUAUGGCUCACAAGACUUUGACACCAACCUUUUGAUUGCUGCAGUAGCUGCUUCAGACGCCAAGGGUAUUGUAAUCCAAGGUGUUGGUGAGGGUAGCAUUCCAACUUUCGCUGAAGACACUAUCAACUCAAUUGUCGAACAAGGUAUCCCAGUUGUCGUUAGUGCUAAGCCAGUUUACGGUGCAGCAGCUCCAAAGGAAGAUGCCUCAGAAGCAUCAUACAUCAAAUCUGGCUUCGUAAAGGCUGCCCAAGCUAAGAUCUAUUUAGAGCUCGCAUUGGCCAACGACUACUCAAUGGACGACAUCAGAACGCUCUUUGAAGGUGACUUGCGUUCAUCAAUCUUCCACCAAUAAAUUAUAGACAAAUAGAUGGAA